AUGUUUCGAAGAUGGACUCUCCGCCUGGCACCGGCGACGACGACGGAUGCAGCAGCAAAACUCCCAGCAGGAAAGCCCGUACAUAAAUCGUGGUUUCGCCACAAUCUCAUCAUUCGGCGCAAGGCAUCAUAUCGUUCUCGAUGGGGCACAGGAGCGGAGGGAUAUGGUACAGGUGUCCCAUUCAGCGAUCAGGUGAAACUCCACUGCGUCGAUAAUACAAACUGCAAGCAUGUCCGACUUAUAUCGAAGGCAACGGCAGAACGUUUUGCACAUUGUCGAAUAUUUCCUGCAGUAGCUCACCGUGUUUCAGUGCAGCGAUUUAAGUCUGGUCGUGGAGAGGUAAGUCGUCAUCGUGUAAAACCAGGUAAUAUUUACUGGGUCUGUCUACUUUCUAGGCGACAGACAAAUACGCGAAUGAGUGGAUUACAAACAAAUUUUGAUAGAAAUACAUGCAUACUGAUGAAUGAUCAGCGAGUGCCCCUUGGAACCCGUGUAAUGUACUGUGCGGGAAGACAUGUUAACCACAAGUACCAUUUGAAAGCUGUUGUACUCGCGAAUUUUUUUGUCUAA